AGAAGUGCUAAGGGAUGCUGCACCCCAGUAGCUAGGGAUGUGUCGCCCCGACCACGACGCCGCUCUCUCCCAGUGACGGUGAUGCGUGAUAACAUGACAACGUGCGGUUUUAAAAUUCAACACGAGACCAUGUAGAAGUAUACUAUGGAGCUGUUGCUCGCCCUUUCAUGGUUGAUUUUGGGAGCUUUUAGCCCUGUAAGUGGCAACCAAGACGCCAAACGUCUCUAUGAUGAUCUUCUUUCAAACUACAACCGCCUCAUCCGCCCCGUCGGCAACAACUCCGACCGACUCACCGUCAAAAUGGGCCUCAAACUAUCCCAGUUAAUCGAUGUGAACUUGAAAAACCAAAUCAUGACUACCAACGUCUGGGUCGAACAGGAAUGGAACGAUUAUAAGCUCAAGUGGAAUCCGGAUGACUACAACGGCGUUGAAACUCUGCAUGUGCCGUCGGAACAUAUUUGGCUUCCAGACAUUGUGCUUUAUAAUAAUGCCGACGGUAACUACGAAGUGACCAUAAUGACCAAAGCCAUCCUGCACCACACGGGCAAAGUGGUGUGGAAACCCCCAGCAAUCUACAAGUCUUUCUGCGAGAUAGACGUCGAGUAUUUCCCCUUCGAUGAACAGACCUGCUUUAUGAAGUUCGGUUCGUGGACCUACGACGGCUACAUGGUCGAUUUGCGCCACCUAUCGCAAGUCCAAGACUCGAACAAAAUCGACGUAGGGAUAGACCUUCAAGACUACUACAUAUCAGUCGAAUGGGACAUAAUGAAAGUACCAGCGGUCCGAAACGAGAAAUUUUACAGCUGCUGCGAGGAACCCUACCCUGACAUCAUCUUCAAUAUAACGCUCCGUCGUAAAACUUUGUUUUAUACAGUUAAUUUGAUUAUCCCCUGCGUCGGUAUUUCGUUUCUUUCCAUUUUGGUGUUUUACCUCCCGUCUGACUCCGGCGAGAAAGUCUCGCUUUGUAUCUCGAUUUUGCUCUCCCUGACUGUCUUCUUCCUCCUGUUGGUGGAGAUCAUUCCUCCUACUUCCAUAACAGUGCCUCUGUUAGGUAAAUAUCUACUCUUCACCAUGUUGCUGUGUACGCUCUCCGUCGUCAUCACCAUCGCUGUCCUCAACGUGAACUUCCGGUCACCCGUCACCCACAAGCUCGCCCCCUGGGUGCGCGUCUUCUUCAUCGACAUUCUCCCGAAAUUCCUCUUCAUCGAACGGCCCAAGAAAGAAGACGACGACGACAACAAAUGCCAAGACAGCAUGCUAACCGACGUCAUCCAGGUCCCCAUGAUGGACAAAUGCAAACCCUUCGAGAAAACCUCCUUUGACAGUUUCGACUUGGGGCUUCCACCGCCUUCCAGGUUCGAGGCGUCGGGCUGUUUCGGGGAGCCGCCGUUCCCCAUGCCUCUGUCGGGCGGCGACGAGGACCUGUACAGUCCCGCAAGCUGCAGAACCAACACUUUCGACGGCACCAGCGACGCUAGUCCGUCUUUCGACAAGUUGGAUAUGCACGACAUGGAGAAAACCCUAGCCGACUCCAGGUUCAUAGCCCAGCAUGUGCGCAAUAAAGACUCGUUUGAAAACGUUGCCGAGGAUUGGAAGUACGUGGCCAUGGUCUUGGAUCGUCUCUUCUUGUGGAUUUUCACCCUGGCUUGUGUGGUCGGUACCGGGCUUAUAAUCUUCAAUGCACCAUCACUUUAUGACACCACGAAACCCAUCGAUGUGCUCAUCUCGAAAGUGGCCAAGAAGAAAAUGGCGUUGUUGAAAAUGGUACCGGAGGAGUUGUAAUGUUGCCAUUGAAGACUUCAGUUGAGAUAACGAUGAUAAUCAUUAACAUAGUAAUUGUUAUAAUAUGUUAUAUGGUACUUGGGUGUGAGCCGUAUCAUGUUUUAGUGACGAAACGGAGAACGGCUCAUUUAUCUCGGUAUUUAAUAUUAAAUCAAUAUAAUGUUGAUGCUGUUUUCAUUUAUAAAAUAUUGUAGUUUGCUCAUUAUAUUAUUGAAUAAAUCUUUUCCAUAUUAUAA